AACACAAAAAAUAUCUGUGCAAAUCAAGUUUAUUUUAGUGACGAUAGAAUCUGUCUGGGUUAUUUUUUUUUAGACAAAUCCGUUACUGUUGCUGGAGGUUGGUUUUCUCAUCACUUUCUUUCCCCAGCGCUAGCUAGAGCAUCUACACUCAGCCAGGAUCUUGGGCGACACCGCUUAGUUAUAGGAGAUUGCGAGAACAGACACCGCCACUGCCCACCAGAAACUUUUCACCGAUCUCCGCAUCUCGAACACAUACCACUCUAUUUUGUUUUCUUUAUUUUGUUUUCAUCCACUCAUUGGUACUUUCUGAAGUUGCAGUGUCCCUAGAAUGGCGUUAAGUCCUUAUCAUCACAUCAUCCAGGCAGCCACGGAACACCACGGCCGUUCUGACAACGAAGACUCCGACCACGAGACCUCCUUCAGCCGUAAAUCAAAUCAUAUGCCACUGCACAACAACAGUGAUCUCGAGAUCGGCAGCGACAACAACGACGAGAAUAUCAUGGAGUCGGGCAACGACAACGAGCUCGAGUACAAGAGCACUCUCCGCAGAAUGCAGCCGGUCAAAAGAUCACGAAAUGCUCUGUUGAACGACUCUAGAGAAUCGCAUACUGACAGUGAAGACUAUGACAAUCGCAGACUCCACGACAGAACAAACAACUUAUCCAUAGACAAUCUCGAAAAGGCUUCCUUUGAUAAACAGACUUCACUUGAAGAGAUCCAUAGUCCAGAACUUCAUGAAUUACGUAAACUGCGUUCGGCCAAUUCGUCUCCUAUUGCUACCGCGAAAGAUAUAAAUAGUACUGCUGAGCCUUCGCUUCACGACGAUUCUUCACUUGCAAACACAAACCGACUCAUCUCAGAUCUUGAGCGGAAGUUAUCGAUCAUGUCAACGUCGUCAUCGAACCACACUCAGCAAUCACAGGGCUCAUCGGUGAUAGUCAACAAGAGUUUGGCUGGUAUGGGUAAGGAGCUGAUCCAGUCUUCUGUUCUUCAGUACAUUAAAAGUGAAGAGGACAAGGCCAGAGACACACACAACAACAUAUUUAACCCCAACGAACUUUUCCAAGACCGUCAGCUGAAGUUCCUCACUAAGUUUGGCAAGCUGUACAACGACGAUAACCAACGCAAGAUGGUAAACCCGAAUCAUCAUCGUCUGGACGCUCAUCUAACUGGUGAACAUAUUCCAGAUGAAAAUGCAAGUGAUAAUGUUUCACCGGUUAUAACGCCGAAUCUAGCUGAAAGCAGUCUAGAUGCUGUAGAAGUAGACGAUCCCAUCGGCAUGGACACAGACUCUCUGAUCCAUAUAUCGAGAGAUGAUUCUCACAUUGCGGAACACUCUUUUGUUAAAGAAAAGGAAGACAUUCUUGAUCAAGAUGAAGACGAAGAUAUAAACGACGAAGAUGAUCACGAGGAACAUGCAAAUCACAGUGGAAUGUAUGGAAUCUUUUUUAACGACAAUUCAUAUGACGACGAUUUUGACCCUGACGACAAUGACGAUGACGAUAACUUUGAGCCAACCGAUGAGUUGUUGUUACCUCCUUCACCUCCGAGGUCUCCUCCACGAGAUUUAGAUCCGGACAAGUUAUAUGGAUUGUAUGAUUUUUCUGGGCCCGAUCCAUCUCAUUGUUCCUUGACUAGAGAUGAGCCAGUGUACUUGAUAAAUGAUCAGGACAACUACUGGUGGCUCAUCCGGAAGUUAAACAAAGAAGAACGUAAAAUGCAUGUCAAACUGAAAAGAAGAAUCAACCAGGGAGAAAUAGACGAGGAUUACGAUUCGUUGGAAGAUGAUUAUACAGACGAAGAAGAUGGCAAAAUAGGAUUUGUUCCAGCAGAAUGUCUUGAGACAUAUGGCGAGCGUUUGGCACGUUUGAAUUGCUUCAAAAAUGAGGAGUUGGAAAGAUCGUCCAAGGAUAGUUUGGUGGAUCAGCACUUAUUUGGAAAUACUGCCCAGCAGGGAGAAUCGCAAGUAUUCCAAUCUGAAGAUAAUCUUUUGCGCGACAACGACACCAGCAUAAUACUGAACAAAAGCGAAGGUCUCCUGAGAAGUUCCAGCUUGUUGAAGAGAUCAGGAUCUAAAAAGAACAACAAAUCUGUUACAUUUGAAAACUUGGCUGAUUUACAACUUCAUGAGGAAGAAGAAGAAGUCGAAGAACAGACCGACGAUACAGAUUUGAUCAGAAAACAACAGAAAAAGGCCGGGUUUGAGGCUAAUAGCAUGUACAAUAUUCCUCAAGAAGAUAUACGACAUUCUGACGGACAACAGGACCAAGAUGAAGAAAAGAGAUCGGAAGUUCUCAGUGAUGUAUAUCCGGUAGAGACACCAUUGAUUAUCAACAAGAAUGGCAAGAGUAACAAUAAGAAAAAGUUGGCACUUCUCCCCUCUACUUUAACACAAGAUACAGUGCUACCAUUAAACCCAAGCCAUUCCUUAGAACAGCCUCAUGAACCUGCUGGGUCUUUCAAGGGUUUUCUUUCAAAACCUCCGACUACUUCGAAUACAUUUGACCAAGCUUCCAUAGGAUCGUUCUCUCCUGAUACUCCUCCAAGUAGAUUCGUUAAAUCUUACACUCGUCCCAGCCACCUUCUUGACAGUCCCGGCGACGAGCUUGACGAAGUGUACAUGUCUCCUAAUCUGGGUAUGUUGAGAAGAUCGGAAAUUCUCGACAGAUUGACCAAAGUGACUUCAGACAUCGAAGAGCAGUUGGCCUUCAGUGACUUUGAAGCUGAUGGGAAUGAAGAAGGAUACGAGGAAGAUGCAAAUGUCACUAAGGAACACGAAAGCGAUAGGCUGAUCGUUGAUCUAUCGAGUCCGCAUAGUAUAAAAGAGAAGCAUAGAGGAGUUGUAAUAGUAGAUGAUGACGAUUACGAAGACGGAGACAUUCUUGAUGCUGAUGCUGAUGCUGAUGCUGAUGCUAAUGCUGAUGCUGAUGUUAGUGAUUUUACAAAAUCAGAGGAUUGUGAUAUCUCCAAAUCGGACAUAGAAAAAGAAAUCAAAGAGAUCCAUCCAUUACCAGUCGAGGAAACUAAAGAGGUACCAGAAUCACCAAAAGAUAUAUUACAAGAAAUACCCCAACAUACACCCCAAGAGAAAUCUGAAGAGGCAAAGGAACCAACAACGGAAAUAAAGCAAUCAGCAUCGGAGAUGAAUCAAGAGUUUGACGGUAGUACUUUAGAAAAGGGUAGUGAGGUCGGAGAAAUCAACCCUGAAGUUGUUGUUAUCUCUGAUGACUCUUCUCCAGAAUCUUCUUUGCCAGAGCCAGCAUCUUUGUCUACUCCAUCCAAAUCUGAUGAUAUAUCUGAUGAUAUCCCAAAUGAUAGUAUCAAUAUGGGUGCUAUAGAGGAGGCAGCUGGUACAACGCCUGUUUCAUUAUCAUCUAAGGAUUCAGCAGCUACAAUCACAGAUGUUCCCUCUGAGUCUUUGGAUCAUGUCAUCCACUCGUCGCCUAUAACCAAGCAGAUAGACAGUUCCUCUGAAGCACGUAGAAGUCCAGACAUUGGUAAAUCUGUUCAGAGUAUGAAUGUUCCGGAGCGUGACGAAGAAGAAGAAGAAGACGACGACGACGAUGACGAGUAUGAUGAUGACGAUGUGUUGAACGGUGGGUAUCCUGCUGACAUCACACCGUUGACAAGUAUGAACUCGUUGAACUACGGGCAGUCGUCCACUCCUACACCUUCGAAAUUGGUGCCACCUACAGAUGUCUCUGAUAAGAGAAAGUCGAGACCAGUACACGAUAUGUUCAUGCCAAUUUUGGGCAAAUUUGACGAGCUUGCCGAGAAGUUGGCAGAGCUUGACGGGAUGUUGUGAUCCUUGUAAUUAGUGAUGUUCGGUAAUAAUGUGUCAGGACUUUCCGAAGUAGAAGAGCAAUAGAAGAUAAUGAGUUUUGAUAUUAAGAAUAAUCAAAUAGUAUUUCAGUAAAUUAAUAUGUAACGGUAAGAAUAUACACUGCCGUAUCGG